CAAGGUCAAUUAACUUCAAUCUAAAAUCCAUUAACCCCACUCCUCUCUCUCUCUCUCUCUGCCAAUCACAACACAAACUUGAACUUCUGUUAUUAAUUCUUCCGUCCGCCGGAAAACUUCUCCGAUUCCGAUCAACAACCAUAUCUCUUGCAGAACCUUCCUUCCUUCUGUUGAAAAGGAUUUUCGUGUUGUUUUAAUAUAUGACGUCAGGAACAAGGUUACCAAGCUGGAAGGAGAGAGAGAACAACAAGCGCAGAGAGCGUCGCCGGCGUGCAAUCGCCGCUAAGAUAUUCACCGGUCUUCGAGUUUACGGUAACUAUAAGCUUCCGAAACACUGCGACAACAACGAGGUCUUAAAAGCCCUUUGUAACGAAGCUGGUUGGAUCGUUGAAGAAGACGGCACCACUUAUCGCAAGGGUUGUAAACCUGUUACACAUGUGGAGGCUAUGGGCGGAUCGGUAUCAACGAGUCCCUGCACAUCAUAUCAACCAAGUCCAAAUGCUUCAUACAGUUUAAGCCCUAGCCCAUCAUCAUCUCUCUAUGCUUCUAACAGUAACCCUGAUCCCAAUUCUCUUAUACCAUGGCUGAAAAACCUUACAUCCGUUCCUUCUAGUUCUCCUGCGUCGAAUUUCCAGCGUCAUCUUUACAGUUCAAUAAGCGCUCCAGUCACCCCUCCGUUGAGUUCACCUACGUGCCAGACACCUAGAAUGAACGACACGGACCCAGUGUGGGCCCAACAGCACUACCCUUUCUUACCUUCUUCAACUCCGCAAAGUCCUGGCCGCCAAACACCCACCGAUUCAGGGUGGCCGUCUGGAGUCCAAACGCCCCAAGAAGGGCCUUCGUCGCCCACUUUUAGUCUUGUUGCGUCUAACCCGUUUGGGUUCAAGGAGGCACUAUCGGGUACGGGUUCACGGAUGUGGACCCCAGGGCAAAGUGGGACUUGCUCACCGGCUAUCACUGCUGGGUUUGACCAAACGGCUGAUGUUCCUAUGUCGGAUGCUAUUUCGUCAGAGUUUGCUUUUGGUAGUAACGUGAAAGGCCUAGUGAAAGCGUGGGAAGGCGAGAGGAUACAUGAAGAAUGCGUUUCUGAUGAUCUUGAGCUCACUCUUGGGAACUCUAGCACUAGGUGACUAGUAUAUCUCGUCUGUUAGAGGUGGCAAAAUGGACAGGUCGGGGUGCUGGUAACACAGGAACGUAUAGAUUCAUGUACCUAAACACUUUUUGUCUAAAUAUGUUGUAAAUAAAUUGCAUGUAAAAUACUAAAAUAUGAUUAUAAAAAUUGUAUUGAAAUGAUAUAGGGGUUUUAUGUAUUUAAAAACAUUUUUCCCCAAUGGACAUGAUUUUUUUCUUAUUUAGAUAAAACAAGACACACGAGUUUGACUGAUGUCUUAGCAUCUGUGAAAUUAAAUUGAUGUUUUGUUUUGUUUAAUUGCAGAUGAAGAAGGACGGUGCGACAUAUGAUACUUGAGCUGAUUUUCUUUCUUAAAAACUUUUUUAUUUUUCUUUUCCAAAGGAAGAAAUUCAUAGGUGAUAACUCAUGUAUGGUGGCUUCUGUAUUUUCAAUUGUAUUUUUCUAAUUUAUUUAUAACUUUUAUUCCCAGAAA